AAGAAGCUUCAUUUUUGUGCAGCCGUAAAACGUUUUUCCUUCCUUUCUUCUGGCGUGUGAAGUGUAAAAUACCGAAAACUGAAUUGCGACGAGUUUCGUACACAACAAGUGUAGUUACGUAGGAAAUUUUCAGUCGCGUCGCAAUGGCUGGCGGUACCGGCACGAAGGUGGUGCAAAUCACCAACAUUGCUCCGCAAGCUACCAAGGACCAGAUGCAGAGUCUGUUCGGUCACAUCGGCAAGAUCGACGAAAUUCGCCUCUAUCCGACGAUUCGUGACGUGUCCUGUCCAGUAGUGUCACGUAUCUGCUAUGUCAAGUAUUUCGAGAGCAGCUGCGUUGCUGUGGCACAGCAUUUAACCAACACCGUCUUCAUCGAUCGAGCCCUGAUAGUGAUUCCGGUGCAGAGCGGAAUGAUUCCGGAUGAGUACAAAGCGUUGGAGAUGGCCGCAAACGGAACAUUGGUGCCGGGUUUGCAUAAUAUUGACGCACCGAGCAAGCUACCACCGGAGGUGGUUAAUCGAAUCGACGGAAUGGUACCCAAUCAGGUAGUCAAAACCAUCGAUCCGAAACUCGAUGAGAAUAAUUUGCCGGAGUACCCUCCACUGCCAGUUAAUUUUGAUGCGAAGAAAAUUGAAGAGACCAGGCGUACCAUCUUGGUACUGGACUUGAAGUCCGACUGGCGGUUGGAGGAUCUUAUGGACCACUUCAAGUCUGCUGGCGAAAUAAAGUAUGCUCGAUUUGCAGAGAAUGACCGUUCCCGGUAUGCUUUGAUGGAGUUUUGUGAGCAGCGUAGCGUAAUUUCUGCACUUAAGCUGCAAGGGUCCGAUUUCCGUGGGUAUCGCCUUAACGUUCACCAUUCUACGCAACCGAUCGUGAAACCUGAAGCGAAAAGUAAUGAAGCAGCCCAGAAGGAAAUCGAAGAAGCAAUGUCGAUUGUUAAGGAAGCGCAUAGCAUGAUUUCUGCCGCUAUUGAUCCGGUUAUUGGAAUGCUUGCAAAGGAUAAAAGUUCGAGCCGACGCCGGUCUCGUUCGCACUCGCGCUCCAAGGAUCGUCGUUCCCGUUCUCGCUCUCGCAAGCGUUCCAAGUCACGCUCGAAGCGCUCCCGCUCGCGAAAACGGUCACGUAGUCGUUCAAAACGUUCACGCAGUCGCUCAAAACACUCGCACGCGAAGCGAUCGCCUUCGCGGAGCAAACGGUCCCGGUCUAGGUCUAAACGAUCCCGAUCUCGUGAUCGUCGUAAGCGUUCCCGUUCUAGGCACCGUAGCCGUUCGCGAUCGCGUGAUCGUCGUCGUUCACGUUCACGCUCAAACCGUAAACGGUCACGUUCCCGUGAACGUCGUGAUCGCAGCCGCGAGCGCAAGAAGGGUCAUCGUAACAAGGAGGAACGCCGGCGCCGUUCGCGAUCCCGGUCUCGCAGCCGCAAACGAUCGACUUCUCAUAGCCGGUCUAGCCGACCGAAGGACUCGUCCCGUUCAUCUAAGAAAAAAAGUCGAUCGCCGGACAAACGGCUGAAGAAAAUUCUGGAAGAAAGCGUAAGCCGCGAUUACGAUGCAGAGGAACGUCUCGGGGGUGGCGAUGACGAUGCGGGUGCAAGUGGUAACGGUAAUGGCGGAGGAAGCGAGAGCGGCUCAGCGAUUGCUGUUGCGAAGCGCGAAUCACCUAUCCCGUCACGCGAGAAAACGGCCAGCCCGACAACGGAAAAAUCUGACAACAUGGACAUUUCUAAUUCACCGUAAACAUCGGUGGUAAACUAUCAUUUACAAACUGUGCAUCCAAAAUGCUUCUGAAAAUGAUGAUGCACAAUUAUGAUGAAUUAUUAUAUUCUCUUAGUGAAUGUAAAUGGUCCUCUUAAAGUUUUACAUUGUCGUAUAAAUUCAAUUGAUUGUAGCUGCUUGGAACGAAAUCUGAUAUAAGAAUAAAGCCAGACACUUGCUGGUAU